AUGUAUCGUUUUGUAUGUGGAGCCAGUCAGUCCGUGGCGCUCUCGCCGUCGCGGUCCUUAGUCUCGAUUCCGCCGCCCAGCAGCAUGUUCUACCAGCUCUCGCAGAAGCUCUCCAAGGGCAGCAUGAUGGCCAUCACCAUCCCGACGAUCAUCGCUGCGUCGUACUCUGCCUUCGCCUUCUUCCGCUACACUGGUCCGGACCUCGGCGGUGCGCUGCCUGGCUCGCCCAAGACCACAUCAGCUGAGUGGCAAGCGGCUUCUGUAGAGUACGGCAAGGCGCAGAAGGCCAAUCCCAUCCGCCACUUCAAGGACUAA